AUGGCCGUCGUCGAUGCAAUGGAUAUAGACUCUAGCCCUGCGCCCGUCGCAGUGGCCGAAGCAGAGCGCAAGCGCAAGCUCAAGCACAAGAACAAGGACAAAACUUCCAAGAAGAAGCGCAAGCACGACCCCAGUCUGAUCUCCGAUGAGACAGCGGUCCACGACCCGACGUCCAAAAAGUCCAAGAGCAAGGGGAAGAGCUCGAAAAAUUCUUCCGAGACUGCUCUCCCAACCUCCGACUCGCCCUACGUCCUGACCACCGCAACGCUGUACCUCCCGCUCUCGCCCAUCUCCAUCUCGCCCACCCAUGCCCUAGCCUCGCUGAUGGCAGAGCACCUCUCGCCUCUCCUCCUUACGUACUACCCGCCUCUCCAGGGCGUCAUCCUGGCAUACUCCAACGCAUCGAUAUCAAGCGAACCGCCAACCUCGAGCUCCACGGCCUCUGAGGCGCAAGAUCCCAACCCACAGCCGCUCACGCUCGCAAAGACCGCAGACGAAUACGGCGUCCUGUACGUGUACCUGACCGCGACGUUCCUGAUCUUCCGCCCGCAGCGCGGCCAGAUCCUUGAGGGUUGGGUCAACGUGCAGUCCGAGGGCUUUCUCGGCGCCGUCGUGCUGAACCUCUUCUCCGUCGGCAUCGAGCGCAAGCGCCUUCCCUCGGACUGGGAAUGGGUCCCGCCCGGCGACGAAGACGAGGACAGCGACUCCACCAAGCACAACAAGAAGAUCGUCUUCUCGUCAACGGAAGAUGACGCCGACGCAGACGAGGACUCCGACCGCUCGCCCGAAUUCGACCCGGAAAGGGAACACUUCAAGCCCAUCACGCUCGCCUCCGACGCAAACCCCUUCUCCGAAACCGCCGACGACGAGAACCCCACCUCGGCAGAGGACGGCGGGGACGACGACUCCGCCGCCGAGGGAUACUUCCAGUCCGUCUCCGGGCACCGCGUGCGCGGCACCGUGCGCUUCCGCGUCGUCGACAUCGACGUCAUCCCCGGCACGGACCGCGAGCGCGGCUUCCUGAGCAUCGAGGGCACGAUGCUCUCGCCUGAAGAGGAGGCAAAGAUCAUCGAGGACGAGCGCGAUGGGAUCCUCUCCUCUGCGACGCCGCGGCGCCCGCACGUCAUGUCCGGCAGCAUCGGCCCAUCCGCCGCCAUAACCGAGAUAGAACUCGAGACCGUCAGCGUCGACGUCGAUGCCGAUGCCGGGCCGUCAAAGUCGCCGAGCAAGCGGAAGGAGCCCAAGGCAGAGAAGGUGGAGAAGAAAGAGGAGAAGAAGAAAUCCAAGUCCUCCAAGUCGUCCAAGUCGAAGAAGGAGAAAUGA